AUGAUACCUACAUCCCUUUCAUUCACCGCCGUCAACGAUGCAUCUUGUCCGAAUUUCUUCGGGUCCCAAGAGCAUCGUACCCAGGUCAGCAGAGCCAUCACAGAAAGUCUCUUUGGGACAACCACAACAUACGAAAGCUUGACUCUCAAAGCGACGAUACGGCACCAGACACCGCCUGAUAGAUGGGAAAAGCCAGCACGCGAUAUCCUAUCCGAUAUCCCAGCCGACGUCAUGACCGAAAGAAACAACCCUUUUCUUCAAAGAAGUGGCUGUACUCUACUACCAGCAGCUCAACUCCAACGAACCCGAACUCCACAGCCGGAAUCCCAUACACCCCGGGAUAACAUCAACACCACACAGCCCUUAGUAUCACCGCUAUCACCUCCACCCUCCCAUUCGCACCCACCACGCCCUCUCCCCUCUUCACAAUUCGAAUGCGGUCAACGCACAGUCUGGACACCCCCUCCACCCACACUCCCCCGCUGCUCUUUAUCCCCAAAGCAAGAAGCACACCAAAAAUACCCCUUUGGCCCUCCAAUCACACCAGGCAUGCCCGCCACCCGCGAGUCCGUCCACGGGGACCUUGCACGGAAUCCUGCGGUUGAGCAUGUGCAAGGAGGAAAGAUGGAGGACAUCAUUUCGGUGAUAGAUAAAGAGAUAGCGUUGUGUGAGAUUCGGGAGAAGUACGAGGAGGCGGUGCAGAGGGCGUUGUUGGCAAGGUACAAUGGGUUGGUGUGGAGGUGGCGGAGAGAGAGGGUGGUACGUGGGGAAAAGCAGAAAGGGGGUAAGGAAUAG